AUGAUCUUUGGUGAUUUAGUAUGCUGCGUGCAUUUUGUGGUUCUGUUGCAAAGCUGCAUUGGCGCACUGGUGGCACCACCCACGGUUGGUACCGCCGCGAACGUUCUCGUUGCAGCACCGCUCGUACGGCAACCGCCAGCAGCGGCACCACCAGCAGGGGGCGGAUAUCCACCGGCAAACCGUAGCGGGCGGUAUACGGACUCGCUGCCCGGAGAGCUGAACGAGUACUGCAGAACAUCACAGGACUGCCGACAGUAUGCUCAUGUUUGUGACACCCGCAAGCAAACGUGCGACUGUGCCGAAGGAUACCGACCGGACGAGACGAAUCGUGGCUGUCUCGGGGCCGUGGGACGCCGAUGUUUGUACGAUAGUCACUGCAUCACGAACGCUUACUGCAAGGGACAAAUGAUCUGUACGUGCAAGCGUGAGUACGGAUUCCUCGCCGAUGAUAACUGGUCAUGUCAAGCAUCGUCCGCUUACAUCAACCCGGCAGCGGUAGUUCUUGGUGUUACGCUUCCUCUGCUGGCUGCCAGCGUCUCAACGUUGACCACAUGGUGGACCGGUGCUAGGAUGCAUGCAGCGCUACGCUAG